AUGCCUCGGGGAUAUAUGUUUAGAAGCAUAGGAAAAGAGAUUCCGUAUCUCAUGAAAUCAAUGCGAUGGAACGUCCUUUACUUCACUGGAUGGAGUGACAUAUUAGCUGGGAAAGACGCUGCUAUCCUACCAAUAUCGAAUCUCGCCGUGCGAGUCACCAUUGCAGCAGCAAUCUUCGUUGAAAAUGGAUUGGGCUUUCGUGGCGAGGCCGGAGACUCUUCGCCAUACAAUCUUAGCGUGCGAUAUCUCGUCAACGAGAAACAAAAACAAUAUGCCGCACUGUCCUUCGAAGACGAGCUGAAUAUGGGCUACAGCCACAUGCGAGACGACGAUCCAACCAGCCUGAACGACGACUAUGUUCAAACCUUUACCGUGUCUUCGUAUCCUGGUCGCGAUAUACCCCCUGAUCAAUUCGAGAUCAUGGUCCGACGACAUGGCCCCGUUACUCGAUAUCUCUCUCAGGUGAAUGAGCGAGCCUGCCUAGAAAUACCACUCAAAGGAUUUGGGGGCAGCUUCACUAUUUCCACUGGAAAGUCCAUCGCCCCCUACGUGGCGGGCGGGAUUGGCAUCACACCCCUUCUCGUACAAAUUCCAGAAUUGGAUAUCCCCCAGUUGUUGGUGCGUGAUCUUUUCCAGCGGUGGCCACAGUUGCCCCUGUCAACGACUUUGUUUAUCACAAAUGUGGAGCUCGAUGGAGCCGAUCGGCAGAUGUGGGACGGCAUUCAGUUGUCUGGGGUGCAAAUGAUACGACAACGCAUGCAAGCCGGGGACUUAGACCUUGCGCUAGCAGAUGUUUGGUACCUCUGCGCAGACGUUGUGUUGAAGCGGAUGGUUCUAAAUUGGUUGGUAGGAAAAACGGUGAUGAGGAUUUCAACUAUUGAAGGAGGAUAG